AUGUUUGAUCAUCAAAGUGAUUAUAUUAAUAGAGGUAGCACUACCAGAAGAAAUUUUCUCUCUAUAGAAAACGGGGGUGAAGAUAGAAACUAUUCUUAAGGUGCCCAUUCCCCUACAACUUUAGAUUUAAGAAAAUUAAACUUUUUUGACAGAAACUCGAUUUCAGAUGGAAAUCUGGGAUUUAAAAAAUAAAGAAAGGAUUAAAAAAAUAGAGAUAAUAAUGAAAACCAAUUAAGUUAGUAUUUAUAAAGCUCUGAAAGGAAAAAAGAUAAGAGCAACGCAGAUGACGAUGAGGAUAAUUCUAGCAGUUAAGAUUAUAGUGAUGAAAAAUAAGAUGUAGCUUAAGAAGAUGUUUAGCACCCAUAAACAAAAGAGAGGAGAAAUGGAUAUAUGAUAGAACAUAAAAAAAGCAAAUUUAAUGACUUAAUAUUCUAAAUUCGCCUAAAGAAUCAAGUUAAAAGAUUAGCUAACUCGAUAAAUACAAGAAUGUUUAAGAAUUUAAGUCAUAUGUAGUAUAAAAUGAUAGGAGAUAAUUCAUCUGAUAGAACGUAUACUAAACACUUUUCAUAUACUGAUAAUGGCUCUUCUCAAGGAGACUAAGAUUAUAGGGAUCGUAAAAAUAGUAUUAUUACAAAAUUUAUGAAACAAAUUGAUAUAUUUUUGCCUGCAUUCAAUCCAAGAAGCAUUCUGAAAGUUUAUCUCGAAAUUCUUAAUUUGGUUUCUAUUUUAUUGAUAUUUUUCUUCAUGAGUAUUAUUAUUAGCUUCAAAAUGAAUAUCGAUGACUUAGUGCCACAUAUAGUAAUUGAAAUCUCAUUUGGUUUGAUAUUUGUUAACUCAUUUGUAAAUUUAAAUACAGGCUAUUAUGAGGAUAUGAAACUCUCAAAAGAUCGAUAAUAAAUGUUUUCUAUUUAUUUAAAAACUCAUUUUUAUGUAGAUAUUAGUAGCUUUAUUUCUAUUCUUAUGCUAUUAAUUUUCGAUAAAACAAGCUUUCUUUAAGCGAGUUCUAGUGAUUAAAAUGCAUAUAAUGUUUAAGUCAGUGAUUUAGGUACAUUGUUUAGAUGGAUAGUAUUUAUACCAUUCAUUUUUAAAUUAAGAGAUUUUUCUAAAUUUAUGAUUGCCUUCGAAGAAAAAAUUAUAUUUUAAAAGCAGGAGUAAAAUAUUAUUUAGCUCAUUAAGCUCUUUGCAAGUAUAAUACUAAUUGAUCACUUUAUGGCUUGUAUUUGGAUUUGUGUAUCAAAAUUAAGUUAUAAUAUAGAUUCAAGCUGGUAAACUAAGAGAGGAUGCUAAGAUGAUGUUUGGUUUCGCUAAUACACUCUUGCCUUUUAUUAUUCUACUGUAACCAUGACAACGGUUGGCUACGGUGAUAUAGUUCCAACUAAUGAAACAGAGACUUUGGUUGCAAUUUUCAUGAUGUUAUUUUCAAGUGGUGUCUUUGGUUUUACCUUGAACUAAAUAGGUAUGAUUUUUACUGAAAUGUAUUCAGAAGUAAAAGAAGCAAGAAGAAAAAUGAAAAUUAUUAAUAUUCAUAUGGAGAAGAGAAAGGUAAAGCAUCCAUUAAGAAUGCAAAUAAGACAAUAUUUAGACUACAUAUGGAAAGAAAACAGUGAGCAGAUUUAAAUGGAAAGUGCUUAAAUUAUUGAACAGCUGAAUGAUAGUCUUAAAAAAGAGCUAUAAUUACAUUAGAAUGAAAAAAUUAUUAAUUAUUUCUCAAAGCACUUUAGUGAAGCUUUUAUCUCAAAGGCAUUCAGUUUAAUUAAAGAAGUACAAUGCAAGCCUCAGUAAUUGAUUUAUAAAGGUGGCUCUACUGAUAAUUUAAGUCUAUAUUUGAUCGAGAAAGGAAAAGUAGAAGUUUAUUACAAAACAAAAGCUCAAAAAAAUACUCCAUCAAAGCACUAAAUAAUUCAUGAAAUUUAAGAGGGAUAGCUGUUUGGAAUAACACAAUUUUAUACAGGUCUUCCUAGAGACCUUAAUAUAAGAGCAAUUGGUUUUGUCAGUUUGUUAAAAAUAAGCAGAGAUGAAUUUAUCAAUUUACUAGAGUAGUUUCCUGAUGACAAAGAAGCUUUCUGCUAUAUUAGAGAUAGUUUAAUUUUUUAUUAAGAUGGCUAUAAAUCAUCAAGCUAAUGCCCUUCAUGUGGCAGCUUUAAACAUAAUAUCCUUAACUGUGGAUAUUUACAUUACGAGCCAAAUAUAGAAAAAACUUGUCUGAGAUAUAACUACAUACCUCCUAAGCAAAAAUAAAUUGAAAGAAGAAAAUAUAUAAGAUAAAAAGACAUUGAAGAGUAUGCAAAUAAAACAACAAAGGAAGAAACUGAGGAAUCAUUUAGAAAAAGAGGCAAAUUACAAACUCGAUAUGAUCUGCCUCAGCACAUGGAGUAGCUGUAUCUAGACUAGUUUGAGUUAAUUGAAGAAUAUGAAAUGAAGUAUCUCCACUAUAACUUUGAUUUUACUUUCAUGGCAUCUUAGAAGGAGCAAAAAGAAUGGGCUGAAAACAAAGAUAAAGAAGAAUAUUAAGACGAUAAUGUUGACAAUAAUAAUUUUAUCAGUAAAUUGCAAGAAGAAAGUUCAAAAAAUAUCUAAAAUAUAAACAAAUAACUAAGCUAGUCUUAGGAUUAAUCAGCUAUGGUUCAAUAUGAUUAAGUUACAGAUUUUGAAAAAUAAACAUCAAUUAUCUAAUUUGAGAGAGAAAACUCAGGCUCAAACUACUCACCUUUGCAGAAAAAGAACUCUAUUGUUUCUCCUACUAAAAGGGGGCAUAUGAGGGAAAGGGAAUUUAGCUUAGAUUAAAAACCUAAAACCUAGGUUCCAUAAGUUUAAUUUAAAGGUCCAAGAAGACUUUCUAAUUAAGCUCCUGUGAAUUCUCCUUCAACUCGUAAUAAUCAGAGACCAAAAUCAAUAAUAUUUUCAGAUGCCUUCGAGAAAUAAUAUACCCCUUCUGACUUUUCAAGGUUGUCAAAUGAAAAUAAGCAAGGAUUGCAAGAUAAUUAAUAAACCAAUGGAAAUAAUAUUAAUUAACAAAAUACUGUCACCUUUAAUUUACCAAAUGGUAAAGUUGCUACUUUGUAUAGGGUUUAAGAAGAACCUAUUUUACCUACGUUGCAAAUGUAGAAAAUAGUAUCAGCUGACCAAGCUAGCAGCUAUUUUCAUCAGCCAUUUAUAACUAAUUAAAUAAACUCUUCUCACAAUAUACCAUAGCCAAAUUCUUCUACUAGAAAUACAGAGAAAAAUAGCACAUCAAUAAAGAGAGCUUUAUCUAUAAAAAUGAAAAGUUUUUCUAAUCAUAUUAUGAAACACUUGGAAAAAUUAAUUUAGAAAAACAAAUAACCAAAUGAAAUUUAAAAAGCAUUGACAAUAGAUGAGACAGAUGAAUAGUAUGGCCUCACUUAAAUAUUUAGGCAUUUCGAUAAACAAAAAAAUUUCUUUGUAUACUUCCCGCUAAACAAUUUGAGCUACUUACUGAUGAAGUUGGAAACAAAAAGCUAAAUUGGCAAAAAAUUCUAUCUCGAUAUUCUUUAGUAAAAGAAAAAAUAGCCUUUACAUUAGAACUCGUCACAGACUCUUUUCAGAAAUAAAUAUGAAAAAUUAAGAAUUAAAACUGAUAAAGUAUAAAAUAAAGGUUCAAGAGGCAAUUCUAUGUACACAAGUAAGAGAACAGUUGAGUAACCAGAUCAUGUAAAUGUAAAUGAUCAGGAAUAAGCUAAAAAUAAUUUAAUCCAUAAUAGAAAAUCUGCCUUCUUUGAAAAAUUCUAGAUAGAGUCUCCUGUAACUUCAUUAACCGACAAUUAAUUCAAUCUACUAUCAGCAAAAUAAGCAAAUAAUUAAAAGCUUUCAUUCAAUUUCUUAAAAAAUGAAGUUCAAUCAUAACAAGAAAUAAUUUUUGAUUCAAAUCCUUAAAUAUACAGUUCUCAAGAACCAGGAGAGCUGUCUCCAAAUGUUAUAGAAUUAGAUUAAGAAUAGGCUGCUCCUGACUAUGAAAAUAUCCACAAGCUAUAAUUUAGAGCUAAAAAAACUUAUAAGAGUCCGCUCAGCUGA